UAACCCAAGUAUGUUCAGAGCCUGAACAUUGGUUACUGUGGUUACCCCGUUUGGGGCUUUCCUGUCCUUUGGAUCAUAUUAUAGGUCAUUUCCCACCCAUGUGGUAAGCGCGUUUAAUAUCCUCUCAACUGAUUUGUUAAAUAAACCGCCCAGGCGCGCUUUGCAACGCGGGAAAGACUUUGAGAAAGCGCACACUAGGAAAGCUGCACUGUCAGAAAGAACGGCGCCCACCAGGCUGUAACGACAGAACGAAUGUAGUCCAACGUUCUACUGUCUUUUAGGAAUUGUAGCGCAGUUUUUUAUCAAGUUAGAAAUGAAUAUUUUUACUCCAGAUUGAAUUGGACUCAUUUACGGAACUAUUUCCGUUCGCUGGAUUUGUAAGACUUUUUUCGAUUCUCGAAAACGGUUGACUAGAAGACAUGACUGCUUGUAUGGCAUGUGAUUAACAGUAAGGGUGAUCUUUGGCUCUUUCGGAUUUUAAAGCUUCUCAGAGCUAUUUGAAAUUCAACGAUGGCUGAGAACAAGCAACCGCAGGUUAUUUUUUGCAACGAUUCUCCUAAAAGAGUUUUGGUGUCUGUCAUUAAAACCACUCCGAUGAAACCGAGAAAGAGCGAGUCGCUAAUUCCGACCAGCCCCGGGUUCAGUGACUUCAUGGUGUACCCGUGGAAGUGGGGAGAGAAUGCACACAACGUGACCCUCAGCCCCGGAUCCGUGAACGGGGCAGACUCACCGACUGGAACCAACACCGCGAGCGAGGCUGAACUGGCGGCUUUGCCGGAUGCCUUGAAGGACGGGAGCCGGCGAGGGCGCCCGCGGGCUGAGACGGUCAGGGAGCUCAUCAACGAGGGAGAGACGUCGUCCAGCCGCAUCCGCUGCAACAUCUGUCACCGAGUGUUCCCCAGGGAGAAGAGUUUACAGGCCCACAAGAGAACUCACACAGGAGAGAGGCCCUACUUGUGUGACUACCCAGAGUGUGGGAAGGCCUUCGUCCAGAGCGGCCAGCUGAAGACCCACCAGAGGCUGCACACGGGAGAGAAGCCCUUCAUCUGCUCCGAGAAGGGCUGCGGAAGCCGCUUCACCCACGCCAACCGCCACUGUCCCAAGCACCCGUACUCCCGGCUGCGCAGACAGGAGCCCAGCGACGGCACCGGCAGGGCUCCAGCCGCUGACAACAAGGCUGUGGCCGAAUGGCUGGCUAGGUACUGGCAGACGAGAGAGCAGCGCACCCCUGCCCCAGCCAGGGGGAAACCCCAGAGCGCGGGCAGCGUGGAGGACCAGGAGCAGAAGGACCCCCUGGACUUCCUGCAGUCUGACGAGGAGAACGGCGAGGAGGAGCCAGCGGAGGACGAGAAGACCAGUGGGGGCGGGGCCGCAAGGCGCCGUCUCCAAGAGCAACGGGAGCGUCUCCAUGGCGCCCUGGCGCUCAUUGAGCUGGCCAACAAUCUGUCUCCUUAAAGCCCCGCCCACUUCCUGGUCAAGAGACCCCCUCCCCGAACCCUCCCCCCUUUGCCCCAGUGCAUGCUGGGCGUUCUUAGAUGCAAGUCUAGCGAGCGACUUGGCCCAGCUGUCCUGAGCAGGAACACCCUACAGCACCUUACUCACCUCCACAGUUCUCCUUACUAGGAUGUUAGGAUAUGAAGAAUGUCUUUUCUCACACCUGCCUUUUGAAGACAGCAAAUGAGGAUCAUUUAAAAAAGAAAGAAAAUUCGGUUCAGUUUUGUUUGCACUUUGUUUGGUGAGCGAGUGAUCUUCCUUGCUUUUGUGUGUGAGGGUGUGUGUUUUUAUGAUGGAUGUAUAUAUGGAGCUCAGAGAGACAGGGUCGACCCAGGGCACAAUGGGGCGUAUCUCCAUAGUGUGGUUGAGCGUAUCUCCAUAGUGUGACAUGACGUCCUCGAUUGUGCUUCCUUUGCUCCAUGUGCUUUGGGUUUGCAAACCAAGAAUCACAUCUGGUCACAAUGACGCGACUUCAGGCCCUGGUCUGUCUGAGAAGGAGUCUAGGAAGGAGAGGAAACCAGCGAGGGUGUACUUGGUGCACAAUUGAGAUGCAGCUGCUGUCACAGUGAGAAGAGGUUGUCAUUGCAAGCCUAAUCUGAAAUACCCUUUCACCCUAACCUGAGAUCACAGAGCACUCAGCUCCACCCACACCAACACCCAGACCAGUAGCUGUAUAGUAAUAGGUUGCCAUCUCUUAUAUUAAAAGACUGCAGCCAGACUGCGAUAUCGCCCGUGACCUCCAGGGGGAUCACAGAAAGGGCGUUUCUCAGAAGCGUUUUGAUUACGAUAUUUAUUGCAUCAUGUUUGUUCUAUUUGAUACUGUUUUCAUGAGGUAUUUCAACAUUUUAGGGUCUGAUUCACAUUUGUCUGGUUUGGUGUGACCAUCUUAUCUAACCUUCCUCAGUGUUAAACAACAAAACCAGUUUAACUCGUCAUUAAUUGCAGUUCCAUUGUUUGACAAAGAUAAUCACAGGAACUAGAAGCUCAUUAGUUCCUGCGUGGGACAAAGUUAGAUUCUUGAGACAUUUUAUCCACCAUUUCAGUUGAAAUCAUUGUCCCAUUACUUUUGCCUCUGUGGGUUAAGCUUGCAAUGGAACAGAAAUGUCUGACUUGGAUAGAAAAAUGGCGCUUGUUUCUGCUGAAAGUAAGCUUUUUCCUUUCCUUUUGUAUUUUUUGAAACACUACAUAUUUUAACAUUGU